GCUCGAGACGGCGACACGCGGGCGGCCCGGGCCCUGCACGGUGCCUGGCCGCUCGCUCGUUGCGGGGACGAGCGGCCGCGCCUGCCUCCGGCUUCGGGGGCCGCGCUGGGCGGGAUCGAGAGCCUUUCGGAGAGCCUAAGCCAUGGUGGCCAAACAGCGGAUCCGGAUGGCUAACGAGAAGCACAGCAAAAACAUCACCCAGAGGGGAAACGUAGCCAAAACCCUGAGGCCACAAGAAGAAAAAUACCCUGUAGGACCAUGGCUGUUGGCACUAUUUGUUUUUGUUGUCUGUGGUUCAGGUAAUACAAAGGCUGAUCUUUCUGCUUACAUAUGGUGGAGCAGUAGCCAUGUCAUUGUUGUAACUGUAACACAGCUAUCUUUCAGAUCAUUCAGAGCAUAAGGAUGGGGAUGUGAGAAAGCCCAGACAUCUGACUCUGUGCCCUCCCACUAGAGGGUGGAAGACCACACAGGCCUUUGGCAGGUACCUGUGGGAAACAAACAAGUCACACAGAAGAGAAAGGAGGGCCCCCCUAUUGUUGCUGAUCACUUCACCAAGGAAGUCAGAUCAGAUCUCCUUGUCACAGGACAUCUCAGUGCAUCCGUGUCCCCGAGCAGAAAGGACAUUCUGCUUUCCUGGUGACCGGAUCGUUAGCCCAGCAGGUCAUCUGCAGCAGCAGUCUACCUGGUUCCCUCCCUGAGUUUCACUAAUGUGUGCAUGUGGCCCCUGAAAGACCACCGGUUUUCUGUCUACUGAUAAAAUCUCUCCUCUGUCAGAAAUUGGUUUUACAAAUAAAUGUAUUCA